AUGAUUGGUGCGAGGCGCGAGGGGCGGGCGCGGGUGGGGACGUUCGCGACGUACGACGAUCUCUCGCCCGUGAGCGAGCCGGGGCGGACGAUCGGUGAGGUCUUACGCGAUAUCGGCGGCGAUGGGAGCGAGGGCGCCUGGGAAGAUCGGCUGAGAGCGAUGGCACUCGCGAACCGUCUCGUCGCGCACCAUUCGGACGUCGUCGCCGCGAGUCUGCGGCCGUUCGUCCUCGCCGUGGCGUCGUGUCUAGCCUCGCUGCGUUCGAGCGUGUGUAAGGCGGCGAUUGGGCUCGUCAAGACUUUGGCGUGUCAUUUGAAGGGACGUUUAGACGGCGAGCUGAGUGUGGUGCUCCCAGGUAUCCUGAAGCGCUCGGCGGAAUCCACGUUCCUGACAGUCGAGGCCGAUGAGGCGUUGCUGCUGCUCGUCGACGCGGCGUCACCGCGCGCGCUCAUCGCAACGUUAUCGAAUCACGUCAGCGAGCGAAGACUUCAAUCGAAGAUUGCGAUGGCGCUCGCGUUUUGCGUGGAGCGCCGCGGCGAAGAGAAAUCGCUCUUCAGAGGCAGAGCCGGGAGAUCGAGCCUCGAAACCGCGCUCGCGACGAUGAAUGAGUGCAUACGAACGGGUAAUCCGGACGCGAGAGCGCACGUAAAACGAUGCUUAUCGACCAUGUUCGACGUGUUGGGCGCAGAAGAAAUGUUCGAGCCGUUGCGACGGUACGAGGAACUUAGCGUCAUGGAGCAGUCUUUAGAAUAUUACCAAUCUUCGUAG